AUGAAUUCGCAGAAACAGGGCAGCGCUUCCGCAUUGGAUGACGGACAUUCCUCGGACUCAAAUAAGCCUAAACAAUUAAAGAUUUAUGACGUAGAUGGAUUCUUGUUGUUUCGCCAGGAAAUAAAAGACAUGUUGUGCACUUUUCAAAAAGAACAAAAUGACAAAACGGAAAAGUUCUUUGCCCAGCAAAACAGCAGACUUGACUCUCUGGAGAAGUCCAUAUCUGACUUGUCUAGCAAACUUGUCACUAUUGACUCAACGAGCCAAGAUAUUGAAAAAUCAAUGGAUUUUCUAUCAAAACAGGUGGAUGGUAUACAGAACAAAAUCGACGGCCUCCAGUCUCAGUGGAAAUCUGUAUCGGCGGAUUUACAGGCUAUCGAGGAUCAACAGGAAUACCUCGCGAAGUCCCUUAACAAAACCUGUUUGGAAGUGAGAAACGUACCUAAGACAGACCAAUCCUCUAAAAGUUCACUGUAUGAUCACGUUCUGCACUUGUGUCGAUCUCUAAAAGUCUCAGUGAACUCAAACGACAUAAGAGAUGUCACUCGAGUUACGAACAGAAAAGACACGUCUAAAACUUCGUUUAUAGUGGAACUAACAAACACUCUUCGCAAGAAUGAUAUCCUUAACGCAGUCAAGAACUUUUAUAAGACUCACAAUAAUCAACCAUUAAGUUCAGACCUUCUCGGCAUAUCAGGCGACGCUACGACUAUUUACAUCUCGGAAUACCUUACACGGAAAACCAAACGCUUAUUUCAUCUGGCGAAGGACUGGGCUAAAUCCCACAACUAUAAGUACUGCUGGGCUUCCAAUGGGCAUGACUAG